AUGCAUCUCCACGCCACGAAGCUCGGCCUGCGGGUCCCGGCGUCCGCCCCCCGCCCCACCGCGCGAGGGGGCAACGUACGCUGCGCGGCCGCCCCGCAGAGCUCCGUUGACGCGCUAGCCGCCGCCGCGCGGUCCGGCCCGUUCGCGGACGUCGAGGUUGCUGUGCGGGACGGACUCAGGACCGUCGCGGCCCCCGCGGUGAACGCGGACGGCUCGUUCCAGCCCCACUGGGGCACGAAGACGAUCUAUGCGGCCUUCGACGCGGUUCUCGGGCCCGUUUCGGCCGCGCUGAACCUCGACACGCCCAAGCUCGAGGUGAUGGGGCCCUCUAACGCGGAGACGGCGAUCCGUGCGGCGCUGACGUCGGCCAACCCUGAGGCUAUCAUCAAGGCCGUCACGGGGGCCUUCUCCGGCGGGGCCGGGGGGGUCGCUUCGUCCUUCAGCGGCAUCGCCGGCGCGAUCGACGCCGGGCUGACGAGCGUUGGGAACGCCAUGCUGCAGGACAGCGCCGCGGCGAGCGGUCCUCUGGUGACGUCGGGCGCGCUCAGCGGCCCGGCGACGCUGGUGGCCGCGGCCGUGGUCGGCGCGGCGGUGAUCACGGCGCGCCCGCGGAAGGCCGCGGGGCCCGAGGCGCUGGGGGACAUCCCGCAGGAAUACACCCCCGAGGGACUGGCAGACUACUGGGGUCGGCAGCCGGUCCGACUGGCCAUGCGGUCCGUCGAGACGAUGAGCGCGCUGCUCGGCGUGUACAUCGGGAUCAAGCUCGACCGCAAGCUCGGCUUCGAGAAGCAGAACGAGGCCAUGCGCGCCCGCCAGCUGCGCGAGGCGAUCGACAGCCUCGGCCCCGCCUUCGUCAAGGUCGCCCAGGCCAUCUCGACGCGCGGCGACAUCCUCUCGGAGUCCUUCUACAAGGAGAUCCAGUACCUCCAGGACCGCGUCGCGCCCUUCUCGACCGAGCUCGCGAUGAAGACCAUCGAGGAGGAGCUCGGCCGCCCGAUCAACGACGUGUUCGAGAAGCUGGGGCCGGACCCCGUCGCGGCGGCCUCGCUCGGGCAGGUGUACCGCGGGAAGCUGCGGGAGGCGUACGGCGGCGGGGAGGUCGCGGUGAAGGUGCAGCGGCCGCGCGUGCUGGAGAUGGUCAGCCUGGACCUGUACGUCAUUCGGGAGGGGUCGCGGCGGAUGAGGGAGCUCGGGCUGCAGCAGGGGGACCUCGUGCCCGUGCUCGACAACUGGGCCACGCAGUUCUUCAAGGAGAUGAACUACCAGACCGAGAUGAAGAACGCGCUGCGGUUCGAACAGGACCUCGCCGAGCGCGACCUGCCCGGCGUGAUGGUGCCGGACCAGUACGAGUCGCUCACGACGCGGCGCGUGCUCGUCACGGGCUGGGUGCAGGGCGAGAAGCUCUCGGAGAGCAACGCCGACGACAUCCGCACGCUCUGCGACACGCUCCUGAACGCCUACCUCAUGAUGCUCCUCGACACGGGCUUCCUGCACGCGGACCCGCACCCGGGCAACCUCCUCCGGACGCCGGACGGGAAGAUAUGCAUUCUCGACUGGGGCCUCAUCACUGAGGUCACCGAGGAGCAGCGGGCGACGCUCCUGGAGUACAUCGCGCACCUGUCCACCGCGGACUGGCGGCGCGUCGCGGAGGACGUCGUCAAGCUCGGGUUCGUCCCCAACGCCGAGACGCUGCGGCCCAUGGAGCUCGAGGGCUUCGUGGACAUCAUCGAGGAGCUGUCGUCGGUGAUGGUCGAGGGCGGCGGCGCGAAGAAGGCCAACGCGGCGCUCAUGGCCAAGCGCGACAAGGUCCGCGGGAAGAUCGACAUCGUCAUGCAGCAGCUCGAGGAGCGCGCCGAGGAGUACGCCUUCCAGAUCCCCCCCUACUUUGCGCUCAUCCUGCGGUCCUUCUCCGUGAUCGAGGGCAUCGCGCUGCGGGUCGACCCGGAGUACGCCAUCGUCAAGGAGUGCUUCCCCUACCUCACGCGCCGCCUCCUCCAGGACGACUCCCCGCGCACGCGCCAGGCGCUGCGCGAGCUGCUUUACGCCGACGGGAAGCGGAUCGACCUCGCGCGCUUCGAGAAGAUGGUCUCCGGGUUCUCGAACUUCACCGCGGACGGCCUCACGAACGCCGACGCGCCGCGCCCGGCGCUGCCCAGCGCCGCCGGCGCCCCCGCGCCCGCCGUCGAGCAGAAGGAGCGCCCGCUCAUUGACCGCAACACCAAGGAGGCUCUGCGGCUGUUCUUCGCGCGCCGGGGCACGUACGUGCAGCAGCUGCUGAUCGAGGAGCUCGCGGCGACGCUGGACGCGCUGUCGCGCGAGGCGCAGAUCGAGCUGUUCCGCAACGUGGUGACGUCGUUUACUGCGACGGCGACGAUGCGGUCGCUGGACGCCAUGGGUCCGCUGCGGCCGUUCGUGGCGCCCUUCCCGCUGCCCGUGGAGGUGCUCUCGCGCCUCGCGCCCGCCGUGUCGCUCACCGACGAGGACGAGAUCGCCCUAAACAAUCUCCGCGUGCUGUGGGGCGCGCUCGAGCCCCAGGUGCAGACUGCGCUGUCGGGCGCCGGGAACGGAGGCGGUGUGCAGCUGGACGAGCGCGGGGCGCGGGCGUUCAUGCAGGGCGUGCAGGAGCUCGCGCCGCUGCUCACGGAGAUUGCGCCGGGCGUGCAGAGCUCGGGCGAGCGGCUCCUGGCCGAGCUGAUCCGCCGGGGCAGUGCGCGGGUGGCGGAGGAUCUGGUGCGCCUUUCCGAGGAGGAAGCCGCGUACCCCGCCAACCAGAACCCCGCCGUUGCGCUCUCGGGCUUCCUGGACGCCGUCGGGCAAGGGCCGUUCGGUGGAUUCGGGCUGCCGCAGGGGAGCAGCGAUGAGGGCCGCCGAUAG